AUCCUAGAGUGCAAGCAAAACAAAGGAAAGAAAAGUCUAUUCAAAAAAGAAAACCCUUCAAGUUCUGACCAGUGGGUGAUCCAGGUGCUAGUCGUAACCUUUUUCUUCUUGGUAUGUAGCUGUUUCAACAAGCCUGGAGUGAGUUACAUCACUUCCUAAACACACACUUCGACAUAUCUCCUUAGCCGUGUGAUGAGAAAAUGUUCACAGAUACAUUGAAAGGAAACAGGAAAUGUUGAAGUUCCUUUGAGAAAGAGUUGCAGAAUAAAUAAAGAAGUGCAGAAGAUCAGAGGGCAGGAUACGAUAUUGAUAUGAGGUCAAACAUCUGUGCUUUAUGUAGACUCUUACUUUUUGUUGGAUUUUUCUAUCAUGGGAGGCUGAUGUCCACAGAUCCGACUUACGAAACAGAUCUGAAGAGCACAGAACUUCCCUUUACGCCAAGUGCAGCGUCUACUGUAUUUCAUACUGUGUAUGGAGGUACAAAUGGUACAAAUGACACAGAUAUUGAAGAGACUGACCCAUCUGAGAGUCCAUUGGAACUCAACACUAUCCUCAUAUGUGCUUCUCCCAUUCUAAUACUGCUUCUUCUAUUACCUCUUAUUUUUUGCAUCAUCAGGCACAAAAGAAGGAAAAUGUUUGAAAAAGAUGACCCACCAAAAGAAGAUAUUAAAAGCCCUAUCUUUGAAGAAGAUACCCCAUCAGUAAUGGAAAUCGAGAUGGAAGAUCUAGACAAAUGGAUGAACAACAUAAAGAAAAAUAGUAUAACAUCGCUUGUCCACUCUAGAAGAGGAAAAUAAGUUCAACACAAGUAUUGAAUCCUGAUGAGUGUUCAAGCGGAAUGGUUCUUCAAUUUCAAAAAAGAAAACAUAUCAACAAGCCAAAUCUCAAGUUACAUAACUCCUGCAAAAAGUUUCAACGUCUUUUUUUUUUUUUUUAACAGAAGAGUUGUUUUAACGUCUUUUAAUUUUGUGGGAAACCAAAAUGAAGACAUUUCGAAAAAUUGUGUGUAAAGUUUUCCAUACAGGGACGAUUUCAAUAGAAUGUUUGCACACGUGCUGCGCAAAUUAUUGGGCCCAGUGUGAUUUUUUUUUUUUUACUCUCUAACAGCAGAAAGCGGUAUUCUAUUUUCAGUGGAGAAAAAGUUGUUAAAUGAGGAGUGUUCUUUAUACCUCGGGAGUAACCACACACAGCCUCACUGUUAAAUGGGUCUCAUCAGCACAAAUUAGCUGCUCAUGGGAUAUACUAGAAUGAAAAUGACAUACUGGUAAUAUCUAAGGCUCUACAAAGUUGGGUUCAAUUGGGCUUACAAUAAUACAAUAACAGUUUAAAUUUAUAUAGUGUAUAUGUGUAUAAGCUGUGCUUGACCUAAGAAUAUUAAAGACUCUCUUUCAAACAA